UCAGCGGCCCAACCAUGCCCUCUGUUUUUUUUUCCAGGAACAACACUGAACCUGUUGAAAUUUCCAAUUAUUAAUCCUACAUGUGACAGGAUAUUCCGAAGGCAGGAGAGGCUGAAAGAGGAGGCAACAAAAACAGAAGAUCAGCUAAGCGGUGAAGAAAAAAAGUACCUUAAUCACCUUAAAAAGCAAGGUUACUUAGUGGGAAGAGUUGGAAGAACGUUUCAACGGCAGAAGUCUAGCCCUGUGGUUGACUUUGACCCUGAUAUGCUCUCGUACAGCAUAGAUGAAGAUCCCAGACAUUCACCUAGGAAGCGUGAGGAAAGGGAAGAGUUCACAUACAACGAAGUGAAAGAUGCUCGCUGGUGUUUUGACACUCCAGGGAUUGUAAAGGAAAACUGUGUUUUAAAUCUCCUGACAGAGAAAGAGGUAAAGCUGGUUUUGCCAACACAUGCCAUCAUUCCACGGACCUUCAUUCUCAAGCCAGGAAUGGUCUUGUUUUUAGCAGCCUUGGGACGUGUAGACUACUUACAGGGAGAAAAGCCUGCCUGGUUUUCUGUCGUGGCUUCUAACCUGUUGCCAGUCCGCAUUGCUACUCUGAGUAAUGCAGAUGCUCUCUACGAGAAGCAUGCUGGCCAAGAGUUACUAAAGGUUCCCAUGGGUGGGGAAGAGCGAAUGAAAGAGUUCCCCCCCCUUGUCCCUCAGGACAUUACACUGAAAGGAAUUGGUACCACGGAGGCAGUCGCAGAUAUCAAGCUUUCCUCUGCAGGCUGGGUGGCAGUGACAGCUCAUGCGGAAGAGCAACUGCUGCUCCGAGCCUAUACUCCCAAGGGCACCGCGUUGGUGGUGCGGGAGCCUCCCCUUUUGCCGUACAUCAGUACCAUCAGAGGGGCCCGGAUUGCAGGCACUGCUGCUUACAGGACCAAAAAGCCUCCUUCCCUGGUGGAAAACCUGAAAACCGCAGGGAAGAAAUAGCACUUAUCAUCUGAGCAAGGUAGAAGACAGAAGAGCCUCUGGAGAACCUUGUUGCUUGUUGAUACUCAGGAGA